AUGACCACUGAUUUGGUGGCCUGUUGUUCUGCUGAGGCUCUGUACGACCCAAAUAAAGACACGGAGUGGAAUGACAUCCUGCGCAAGAAAGGUAUCCUUCCUCCAAAGGAAAACCUGGAGGAACAGGAGCGUGCAAAGGAAGAGGAGCAGCUUGCCAUCCUUCAGAAGUCUCUUGUGAAAACUUACGAGGACAUGACUCUGGAAGAGCUAGAAGAGAAUGAAGAUGAAUUUAAUGAGGAAGACGAGAAAGCUAUUGAAAUGUACAGGCAGCAAAGGCUAGCGGAAAUGAAAGCAGCUCAAAUGAAGAAUAUAUUUGGAGAAGUUUUGGAGAUUUCGGGAAAAGAUUACGUUCAAGAGGUUACGAAAGCUGGAAAAGGUAUAUGGGUAGUCCUGCAUCUCUACAAACAAGGAAUUCCACUCUGUGCCUUAAUAAAUCAACAUAUGAGCGGCCUUGCAAGAAAGUUCAGAGAUGUGAAAUUCAUCAAAGCUAUCUCUACCACCUGCAUUCCCAACUACCCCGAUAAGAACCUGCCUACGAUAUUUGUCUACCUGGAGGGAGACAUCAAAGCUCAGUUCAUUGGGCCUUUGGUGUUCGGUGGCAUGAACCUGACAAGGGACGAAUUGGAGUGGAAGAUUUCUGAGUCGGGCGCCAUCAAGACAGACCUCGAGGAGAACCCCAGGAAGCAGAUCCAGGACCAGCUCAUGUCCUCAAUCAGGGCGUGUGUCCCAGCCAGUGGGGAGAGUGACUCAGAGGAUGACUAACUGCUGCAUCGGCAUCAUGAUUGAUACAGUACACUUGCAGCCAGUGUUCCCACCUAGAGCACUGGAGAUGCUCAUC